GGUGCAGAAGUAGAUGCGGUUGGGGGCGAUUUACAAGCUACCCCUUUGCAGUGGGCUGCACGAAACGGGUACCUCUACGUGAUCCAUCUCCUGAUAUCUCGUAACGCAGAUCCAAAUUUCAUUGACACCCAAGGGUACAAUGCUCUCCACCUUGUUACCCAUUCAUCCUCCGUCAUGCCGCUGCUAUACCUUCUUCACCAACCCGUUAACGUUGAUUCUCGUGAUAUGCAGGGGCACACGCCUUUGAUGUGGGCCGCUUACCAGGGUGAUGCAUUGUCCGUCGACUUACUGCUGAAGCACGGCGCAAACCCGAAUCUUAAAGACGAUGUCGGCCUGUCGCCGUUGCACUGGGCUGUUGUUAGAGGCAACAGAGCUAUUCUUCGCCGACUUGUAGAGAUAGGAGCCGAUAUCCAUGCAAAAGACGCCGAGGGUCGCACUCCUAGAGACAUGGCUGUCGAACUCAAAAGCUUCGGUGCCUGGAAGCGUUCCAUGGAGGAGGGUGGUAUGAAUGAAUUCGGUGUCAAGAAAGCAAAGCCUUUGAGUGAGAGAAAUACUCGUGUUGCAAUUUUUGUCUUACCUGCGCUAUUCCUCUAUAUCAUAUUUACCACCUUGUCAAUCUUGCCAUGGUAUACUGGAAUGGUACUGGCUAUGGCGGAAUUUUUCGCUCUUCAUCAUCAGAUCGUUACCCGUGUACUCUUGAACAAAGAUUCGUACGUGGAGACUGUUAACCAAAGUCCAUAUUUCGCGGGUAUCAUCGCGGGUUCGAUGACAUGGGUUGGUUAUGCUUGGCUCACAAGAUUAGUUACACAGCCUCCAAACCACCCAUUCAUCCAUCUGGCAUUCGCACUGAAUAUGGGACUUUGUGUGUAUAAUUUCUUCCGAGCAAUUAUGCUCGACCCUGGUACAUGUCCUCGUCCAGUCAAUGAUGGAGAGCUCAAGGCUAUCAUUGAGGACCUCGCUUCAGAAGGGCGACUUAAUGGUCAAACGUUCUGCAUACAAUGCAUGGCAAAGAAACCUCUUCGCUCAAAGCAUUGUCGUAUGUGCGAUCGAUGUGUGGCUAGAAGUGAUCACCAUUGUCCCUGGAUAUGGAAUUGUGUCGGCUCUAACAAUCACCGACAAUUCCUUAUGUUCGUCACUACGUUAGUCACGGGCAUUAUUCUUUUCGACUAUUUGACCUAUGAGCUCUAUGCAUCUGCCACCGCUCCGGACAAUAUCGCGGCUGAUUGCUCUCCUAUUUUCUGUGUUCCUGCAGCGAUCGAUUCCUUCCUUCUCUCGGUGUCGCUGUGGUCCACUUUGCAAUUGACCUGGACUUCAGUUCUUUUGGUCACACAAUUCUGGCAAGUUGCUCGCCAGCUUACAACUCUCGAAGUGUCCAACCUUGGUCGCUAUGGAUCCAUGGGUGGUCGAGGUGGUCUUGCGGCUGGCAGCGGAGCCACUGGCAUUCAAAUGGGUCACCGUCACCACCACGCGGUGAACAAUGACCGAGGAGACGAAGAGAGUGAAGGCGAGGGGAAACCCAAACAUCGACAUCAUCAUGUGGGGUUAUGUAAAGCACUUUCAGCUCCAGGAACUUGUGGAGCAUUUCUCCUCAACCUUGUUGGACUCGAUCGUUUUACCCGUGGUCGUGCCGCUCACGGUCUAGCCCUCGGGUCUUCUUCUGCUCGUGCCCGGAAUCCGUUCGACCUUGGGUUGGUCCGGAAUUGUCGAGACUUCUGGACGAUGGGGAAGGAAGUGGGGGUGGAUUAUGGACAGGUAUACGAUGUACCUCCUGAAGGAUUCGAGGAGGGGAAAAGGAAGAGAGAUGCCGGACGGGGCGAAUUCGAGCGUGACCACGACGGCGGAAGUAGAAGUAAGAGCCUUCUUGCAAAACUUGGUUUGAGGAUGACAACCAGUUCGAGCCGGAGAGGUUAUGAACCACUCAGCCAAGUGUAACUUACUUUCCCAAUGUUCGCUGGUUUUCUUAUACCUUGCGUCCGGUGUGUACACUAUCCUGAAUUCCUGUCUUAUGUAAAUUGAUCUAUAAUACCUUUUGUAAACCAUGGAGUUUCUGCACCUAGACUAUGUAAAGCAUGCAAAUUUGGUCAGACAUUUUGUAACUGACUGCACAAUUAUGCAAACCCCAAGUCAUCAG